AUGAGCGACAGACGGAGAAUAAAUGGGCCUGCAGGCACAACCAGCCCUCCCGUGUUUGCGCCCUACUCGCAGACUGCGACUGCGACAGCUUUGCGACAACGAGUGAGGAAACCAAACGAAUUGCGCAAGAUAUUUCUACAGACCGGGAUAGUCCCUUCAGCCAGUGGAUCAGCAUAUCUCGAACUCGAAAGCCCUCCGGAGCCUAGACUCUCUCUUGUUCCUACAUCCUCCACCAUAAAGUUGUCAUGCUCUGUACAUGGGCCGAAACCGUUACCGAGAACCGCAUCAUUCUCGCCGAACGCACAACUGAGCGCAGCUGUCAAAUUUGCUCCGUUUGCGACUCGUGUCCGGCAAGGUUACGUACCCAGCCAGACCGAAAAAGAUUUGGGGUUGCACCUGGAAAAUGCUUUAAAAGGGGUCCUCCUGCCAGACCGAUGGCCAAAGAGUGCUGUUGACGUCGCAGUAACAGUCCUCGAAGGAGAAGAUGACCAAGGGGAGGGAGAUCGAUUUGCGGGGCUAGGACUUUUCAACCUGCUGGCAGCGGCAAUCAAUGUGGCUAUGGCGGCUUUGGCCGAUGCGAAGAUCGACUGUUUAGAUCUGUUGGCUGCGGGCGUCGGAGCUGUCGUACCUGGACCCGACUCAAAGCCCCUGCGCGUGCUAGAUCCUGCCGCUGUCGAGCACGAUGAUAUACGGUCAAGCUGCGUGGUCGGCUAUUUACCGUCGAGGGAUGAGAUUGUGGAAUUAUGGUCUAACGGAUCUGUAUCAACACAAAAUGCUAAUACAUCAAUUGGGUUCGACGAAAUGGUGGAUGCUGCCAUUGCGGCUGCCAGGGGAGCCCAGACUGUCAUCAAGGAAGCCUUGGUCGAGUCUAUGACACGAAAUCAGAUGGCAGGCAAGAAACCCAGUCAGGGAGAAACGAAUGACGUUGAAAUGAAAACAUGA